UGACGUUGCGUCCCAUCUCGCUUGCGCACAGUGUGCAACAGCAGUCCCACAAAGGUUUAUGAAGUCUGUGGAUCUAUGGAUCUUUCUCUUUUUAGUCAACGCUCUCGCUCUGGAUAAUUUUGUGAAUAUAGUUUGCACCGAGUGUUUUGUAACAGUGUUUUAGAAGAUAUCUACAUCUGUGACGAUCCUUAUGAGUGAUAAAUGUAUUCAAUCUGCGCCGCAAUCAUGGACUGCAACGCAUUAACCGUUAGUGAGCUGUGCGGGCCGACAUCGCAAGCGCUGGCCUCCCUCAGGUUUCGAUGACCAUAAGCGUCAGCGGGAACCAUGAUCGCUAAUCUGCCGCUUCUCUUUGCCAACGGCAACCCGACGGCGCUGAACAUUAUAAAUGCCGCGCAGCUGGAGAAGUUCAUAACAUUCAUGGUGACCUGUUCCUGGGGUCAUGAUACCGCGAAAGAUAUUCGUCAGCCGCCGUGGUGGCCCAAAGACGUAUUAUUCUCGCACCCGUUCGUCAGGCCCUGCGUGGUGCCUAAGGAUUGGGAGGGGAGACUAAAGAACUUAGUGAAGAAAUGCUACGAGUACCACAAGAGCGCGUUUCUGCUGGUGUUCUCAGCUCAGCUUGCCCGGUACCCGGCGAACAGACUCAGGUAUGUGGACAACAGAGAUCACACCACAUCACUGUACUACAGGCCCAAUGGCAGACUCUUGGUGACAUUCAGGAAUGAAAACAUGCACUAUGAUAAAAAUAAUCCCAAGACUGUAGAUGACUCUCAUCUGAAAUCUACUGAUAUUUACCUAUGUGACAAUUGUGACAGUCACUUUGAUAAUCUGGAUAUCCUGAAGGCACAUGAGAGGCUAUGUAAUAACGAGAAUGUACCAACAAGCACUUGCAAUGGGGGUUUGCCUGAGUUUUUGACUGCUCUAAAGCUGCAACCUCUUGGGCAGAAAUAUGAAGAAUCUAGUAAUACUGUACAUAAUACUAUUAAUGACUCCAAACCGAAGAAUAACAGAAAUGCAUCAAAUGUUGAACGAGGUCCUCCAUAUCCAUUCUCCUCGCUGGCUUACAUGAAGAAUAAUAAAACAAAUGCUCAAAGAGAUGUGACCUACUCUAGAGAGAGAAUAGAAAGGUACUGCUGCACUUCCACUCCUUUUAGUAAACAAUAUAAUGUGAAAGGCAAAAAUCAACAAUUUCCAGUGCGGUACAGGCGGCCCAUUGACUACUGGCACAGGAAACAUAUCUUCCCAGAUCAGAGACACAAAAGAGUACUCGACUUAAAGGCUCAGCUAUUACUACUGAAGUGCAAGCCCGUAUCAGUUCAUAUAGACCGGAUGUCUCUUGAGAGCAUACAAGAAUACCUGGACAAAUUAAGAAAAGAAGCUGAACGCAAGCAGGAGUGCAUGGAAGACAAGGAUAUAGUAUUUGUUGAUGGACUAGAUUGUGACCAACCAGUGGACGCUGAGAUGAAACUGUUGGAUCCAUUAAAGCGUUUGGACGUUGAGUGUGAAGUGAUAGACUUGUGUUCGGAUGACGAGACUCCUAGUGUGAACGAGAACUGCGACCCGCGCGCGGGCGUGGCGUGCGUGAUGCGCGGCGGCGCGGUGCUGCGGCGGACGGCGGCCACGCCGCAGGCGCUGCCCGCCGAGCCCUGCGGCGCGCGCCAGCGCCCGCUGCCUGCGUUGCCCGCGUUGCCCGCCGCGCUGCUGCAGCCGCACCCCGUCAUUCUCAUUGCACAUACUCACAACAAUUUACAGACUAUCGAUAUAUCUCUAGAUUGAAUUCCUGUUAUAAUUUAUCAUUAGGUACAUUGCUAGUUAUUAUUUAUUACUCCUUCAUGAUUAAAACUUUAAUGUCAACAGAAAGUUUCAUUUCAUGUCCAUUAAAGAUUUUUAACGACAUCCCUGGCCGCCAUUUUGUCGAGGGUUGUUUCUUCAAAAUGGCCGAUAAGAAUGUUCUAGUUAUUUAUUACAUUUAGUAAACAAAUAAUAAUUUAUAUCGCUAGUUUAUAAAUUGUGGUAUAACUAAAAAAAAAUGGUGUUGCGCUUGCGCAUUGCGCGCGUGGUACUGAUACCGACACUUUUCUAUAACUUCAAUUGGCCGUAACAACAUGGCGUUGAUUUGCAGUCAAGUGAUAUUCAUAUAUUUGAUGCAUUCUACAAUUAAUUUUGUUGUUUUGUAAUUAUUGGAGGCCGAUGUACAUAGUUUAAAAUAUGGGACCUUCCAUGACGCGUUAAUAUGAAUAUUAUCUCAGUUGACGAUUUCCUCGUUAUGAGUGUGGCAUAUAUUUAGCUACUCACGUUGCAUUUAUUCUGAGCAAAAUGUCACAUGAGAAUGGUUAUUCGUCUCUCCGAAUAACCAUUCUUUUUGUCGGUGCUCUUACCGACAAAAAGGCUGUAGUAUUCAUUUUGAUCGAAAUAUUAUGUAAAGAUAUAGUUUGCAUUGCUUAUUUUUCAUAGGAUGACUUCAAUGAAGUUUGUUAAUAUGUGAAUAACGUUUGUUUUAAUAGAUUGUAAAGUCGUUCUAAAUUUAUAACAACUGCACUUCAAAAAAAAAUCAUGUAAACACUCGUAAAGUCCCGUUUUCAAAAUCUGAAUUUUAAAAAUAGAAAUCAUGACUACCGUCAAUUGCUGUCAUAUUUAAAUAUUAACCGACGAUGCAAUAUGUAGUCGGAAGUGUCUCCAAGGAAUAAGACUCUUAAAUUGUUCGUCGAUAAAUUACUAAUUACUUACGUAGCCAGAGCUCAUCUACUUUACAUGAACGUAAAAUGUGUCGCAACGCCAUCCAUUGUAUUCUGGAGCUACAGCCGUGAUAACGAGAGUAUUUUUCUUUACCUUUUGUAAUUUGGAGUGGAGCUGAUAACUACUUUUAUUGAGUAUACUUUAUUUUUGUACUGUGA